UAGUUAACACUUCCUAGUUGCUAGUUCCUAGUUCCCAUUUCAUGUUCGGUGGUUUCCUCCCCUGAGUUAAUGGAGAGAAGAGAAAUCCUAAGUCGACGGCCAUAGAAAAAAGUACUUUGUUCAUUAGAGCUAUUCGCUUCAGACUUCGACUUUGAUUUCCUGGUUCCCUCAAGCUUUGUCUCCGACCGCCGAGGCAAAGCGAAAGCAUAAUGGAGAGGAAGAAGUCGCUUCCUAGGCCUCGAGUUCGAGUCACGGCCAAGAAACGAGUGCGAGAGUCGAAGACUUGGGAUUCAGUGCUAAAGAUUCGGGAUAGUGAACUAUGCAACUCCGUCAAGAAGCUUCAGCGGCGAGAAAUCGGGGGAUUACGGAAUAUGGGUCGUGGGGCGUCCUCAAGUUCUCAAGAAAAAUUUAGGAAUUAUCAACUCCAGGAGGAGUUUGAUACAUAUGAUCCAAAAGCUCAUUUAUUUCUGAGGCUACAGUUCCUUAAAAAGAGAUCCAAAAUUAUAGAGAUUGUUGCGGCCAAGGAUCUUAUAUUUGCUCUUGCUCAGUCUGGCCUCUGUGCGGCUUUUAAUCGUACAACCAAUAAACGUCUAUGCUUCCUGAAUAUUAGUCCUGAUGAGGUGAUCAGAAGUCUUUUCUACAACAAGAACAACGAGUCACUCAUUACGGUGUCAGUUUUUGCUUCAGACCACUUUAGCUCAUUGAAGUGCAGAACUACUCCUAUCGAAUAUAUUAGAAGAAACCAACUGGAUGCUGGAAUCCCACUCUUCGAAACAGAGUCGCUGAAAUGGCCCGGUUUUGUUGAAUUUGAUGAUGUUAAUGGAAAAGUUCUGACGUAUUCAGCCCAGGAUGGAAUAUACAAGGUGUUUGACCUGAAGAACUACAACUUCUUGUACGCAAUAUCUGAUAAAAACAUUCAGGAGAUCAAAAUCAGCCCAGGAAUUAUGCUGCUAAUUUUCCAAAGAACCCCUGGAUGUGUGCCUUUGAAGAUACUCUCCAUUGAAGAUGGAACAGUGUUGAAAUCAUUCAAUCACCUCCUACACCGUAAUAAGAAGGUCGAUUUUAUCGAGCAGUUCAAUGAGAAGCUUUUGGUCAAGCAAGAUAAUGAGAACCUUCAAAUUCUUGAUCUUUUUGAGCAGGUGAGGAACGCAGAGCUGAUUGAAGUUGACCGGGCAGAGUUCAUGACACCAUCUGCCUUCAUAUUCCUGUAUGAGAACCACCUCUUCCUGACAUUUCGGAAUAGAACUGUCGCUGUGUGGAAUUUCCGAGGAGAGCUGGUUACAUCUUUUGAAGAUCACUUGCUAUGGCACCCUGACUGUAACACAAACAACAUCUACAUAACCAGUGAUCAGGAGCUCAUAAUUUCCUAUUGCAAGGCUGAGGAAGGAUCUGAGGAUGAUGGUGAAUCCUAUUUUGCAGCUUGUGCAGUUGGAUCAAUCAAUAUGAGCAACAUUUUAACAGGGAGGUGUAUUGCAAAGAUUUCGUCGAGUGAGCCCACCCUCAAAAUCAGCCCUCGAGGCAGAACUGGGGGGAGGUCAUUUAUCCGGAGCACUGUUCAAGAAGCUCUUGAAGAUGUUACAGCCCUAUUCUAUGAUGAGGAUCGGAAUGAGAUCUACACCGGUAAUAAGCAAGGACUGAUUCAUGUGUGGUCAAAUUAGCUAUGCAAUGUAAUCCAAAGGAGGAUCAUUGGGAGGAUUUUAUCUUUUUUGUAUAGAUUGAUUAUGUUCUGACGCAGUAGUAAUCUUCUAGGCUGAAGUUCAUUGCUAAUCU